CGGAGAUGGAGGAGGGUGGACGAGACAAGACACCCGUGCAGUCCCAACAACCCUCAGCGACAGCCCCCAGCGGCGCGGACGAGAAGUCGAGCGGCAAGGAGCGACGGGAUGCCGGGGAAAAAGAUAAAGAGCAGGAGCUGUCUGAGGAGGACAAACAGCUUCAAGAUGAACUGGAGAUGCUCGUGGAGCGACUCGGGGAAAAGGAUACAUCCCUGUACCGACCAGCUCUGGAGGAACUGAGAAGACAAAUCCGUUCUUCUACAACUUCCAUGACCUCAGUACCGAAACCUCUCAAAUUUCUGCGUCCACACUAUGGCAAACUGAAGGAAAUCUAUGAGAACAUGGCCCCUGGGGAGAAUAAGUGCUUUGCUGCUGACAUCAUCUCUGUUUUGGCCAUGACCAUGAGUGGUGAGCGGGAGUGCCUCAAGUAUCGGCUAGUGGGCUCCCAGGAAGAAUUGGCAUCGUGGGGUCAUGAGUAUGUCAGACAUCUGGCAGGAGAAGUGGCUAAGGAGUGGCAGGAACUGGAUGAUGCAGAGAAAGCACAGCGGGAACCAUUGCUUACCUUGGUAAAGGAAAUCGUCCCCUACAACAUGGCUCACAAUGCUGAGCACGAGGCUUGUGACCUGCUCAUGGAGAUCGAGCAGGUGGAUAUGCUGGAGAAGGACAUCGAUGAGAAUGCAUACUCCAAGGUCUGCCUCUAUCUCACCAGUUGUGUGAAUUAUGUACCAGAACCUGAGAACUCUGCCCUCCUGCGCUGUGCCCUGGGCGUGUUCCGAAAGUUUAGCCGUUUCCCUGAAGCUCUGAGAUUGGCACUGAUGCUCAAUGACAUGGAACUGGUAGAAGACAUUUUCACCUCCUGCAAGGAUGUGGUGGUCCAGAAGCAGAUGGCCUUCAUGCUGGGUCGGCAUGGAGUGUUCCUGGAGCUGAGUGAAGAUGUAGAGGAAUACGAAGACCUCACAGAAAUCAUGUCCAAUGUCCAGCUCAACAGCAACUUCUUGGCCUUAGCUCGGGAGCUGGACAUCAUGGAGCCCAAGGUGCCUGAUGACAUCUACAAAACCCACCUAGAGAAUAACAGGUUUGGUGGCAGUGGCUCUCAGGUAGAUUCUGCUCGAAUGAACCUAGCGUCCUCUUUUGUGAAUGGCUUUGUGAACGCAGCCUUUGGUCAGGAUAAACUCCUGACCGACGAUGGCAACAAAUGGCUGUACAAGAACAAGGACCACGGGAUGUUAAGUGCUGCUGCGUCCCUUGGCAUGAUUCUGCUGUGGGAUGUGGAUGGUGGCCUCACCCAGAUUGACAAGUAUCUGUACUCCUCUGAGGACUACAUCAAGUCAGGAGCUCUCCUUGCCUGUGGUAUCGUGAAUUCUGGGGUUCGGAAUGAGUGCGAUCCUGCCCUGGCACUGCUUUCCGACUACGUUCUCCAUAACAGCAAUACCAUGAGACUUGGCUCCAUCUUCGGACUAGGUUUGGCCUAUGCUGGCUCUAAUCGGGAAGAUGUUCUAACACUGCUGCUACCUGUAAUGGGAGAUUCCAAGUCCAGCAUGGAGGUCGCAGGUGUGACGGCUCUGGCUUGUGGGAUGAUAGCAGUGGGGUCUUGCAAUGGAGAUGUCACUUCGACCAUUCUUCAGACCAUCAUGGAGAAAUCUGAGACUGAGCUCAAGGACACCUACGCUCGUUGGCUUCCUCUUGGCCUGGGCCUCAAUCACUUGGGGAAGGGCGAAGCCAUCGAGGCGAUCCUGGCUGCCCUGGAGGUUGUGUCAGAACCGUUCCGCAGCUUUGCCAACACUCUGGUGGAUGUGUGUGCCUAUGCAGGUUCCGGGAACGUGCUGAAGGUUCAGCAGCUCCUCCACAUCUGCAGUGAGCACUUCGACUCUAAGGAGAAGGAAGAAGACAAGGACAAGAAGGAAAAGAAGGACAAGGACAAGAAGGAGGCCCCUGCCGACAUGGGAGCACAUCAGGGAGUAGCUGUUCUGGGAAUCGCACUUAUUGCUAUGGGGGAAGAGAUUGGUGCAGAGAUGGCAUUGCGAACUUUUGGUCAUUUGCUGAGAUAUGGGGAACCUACCCUCCGUCGGGCUGUACCGUUAGCACUGGCACUAAUCUCUGUUUCAAAUCCACGACUCAACAUCCUGGAUACCCUAAGCAAAUUCUCUCAUGAUGCUGAUCCAGAAGUUUCUUAUAACUCCAUCUUUGCUAUGGGCAUGGUGGGCAGUGGUACCAACAAUGCCCGUCUGGCUGCAAUGCUGCGCCAGUUAGCUCAGUAUCACGCCAAGGACCCCAAUAACCUCUUCAUGGUGCGCUUGGCACAGGGCCUGACACAUUUAGGGAAGGGCACACUUACCCUCUGCCCCUACCACAGUGACCGGCAGCUCAUGAGUCAAGUGGCUGUGGCGGGGCUGCUCACCGUGCUUGUUUCUUUCCUGGAUGUGCGAAACAUCAUUCUAGGGAAAUCUCACUAUGUACUGUAUGGGCUGGUGGCCGCCAUGCAGCCUCGGAUGCUGGUUACAUUUGAUGAGGAGUUGCGACCAUUGCCAGUUUCUGUCCGCGUGGGUCAGGCAGUGGAUGUGGUGGGCCAGGCUGGGAAGCCCAAAACGAUCACGGGGUUCCAGACUCACACAACUCCAGUGCUGUUGGCCCAUGGGGAACGGGCGGAGCUGGCCACUGAGGAGUUUCUCCCUGUCACCCCAAUUCUGGAAGGCUUUGUCAUUCUUCGAAAGAACCCCAACUACAAUCUUUGAAAAAUGGCUGACACUAGAGACCCUGGCUGCAGCUGACUUUUUUUAGCAGGCUGUACUGCCCCUGCCAGGGGCAGAUACUGUUCCAGAUCUUUGGGGGAAUUGUUACCUCCUGCUGUUUUGUUACUGAGUAAGAUAAUCUUGUCGAAUAAAGACCUUUAUCCCCAA